AUGGUGGGCAAGACUGAGCGCCUUGCUGAGAAAAUCGCGUCAACCGCUUGGCAGUCUUGCCGUCUUCCGGCUGAUCGUGACAAAGGAAACGUACCUAGUGCGCCAGUGACUGGCCGCAGCACCCGGUCCGAGGUUGUCGCCUUAGAGAAUCAGUCGUAUUAUUCACCACCAGAGAAAAGGAUCGUCGCUAUAGUGAUUUUGUCGGUUGAACCCGCCGCUAAAAUCGCGUUGCUGAGCACAAUAGAAGGUCAUCUGGAUGAGAGUUUGCCACUUGCUUUGCCCAUGCUAGGCAGAUAUAGGCAAGAGGAUUCAGGAUGCGAGCCAGGCCGGAGCGGCAGGAGCGGGGUAGGAGUAUGGGGAAAUGGUUAUGUGGCCUUUGGUAGCAAGUGUCUAGGCUACUGUGGACUAAGGGUCCAUACUGAGGAAAGUAAACAAGCACUGGCUAAAAGGAUUCACCCAUUGCUUGAUCUGGCCUUCCGGGAAAGCAACGGGGACUUUCUCAUUUCAGACCCGUCCUACAUGUUGUUGAUCGAUAUAUCUCGCUAUGUUAUCGCUAGGUCAUGCUGCAGUUUAACCCCCCUCACUCUUGGCAGAGUAUGA